AUGGAAAACUUGCAAGAUCGAAAUCCAAGCAAGUAUUUGGAUUGGGAAAUGCGCGUCAACAUCAUUUGGCAAAUAGCUCGUGGGCUUCUUUAUCUUCACCACGACUCUAGAUUAAGGAUCCUCCAUAGAGAUUUAAAACCCAGCAAUAUUCUUUUAGACGAGGGGAUGAACCCCAAAAUAGCUGACUUUGGCUAUGCAACGAUUGCUGAAGGCAAAAACACCGAGGCCCGCACAAUGAGAAUAGUUAGAACUUAUGGCUAUGUCGCUCCAGAGUACAUGCAAAGUGAAAUUUUCUCUGUCAAAUCCGAUGUUUAUAGCUUUGGUUUCGUUCUAUUGGAGGUUGUAUGUGGAAAAAGGAAUACAAAAUUAUCCAUGAGUCUUAUACGUUAUGCGUGGAUAUUGUGGGUAGAAAACAAGGUGCUGGAUUUAGUGGACCAAACUCUAUGUGAAGUUUGCAAUGCAGAUCAAUUCGUAAUGUACAUAAAUAUUGGACUCUUAUGUGUACAAGACAACCCACAUGACCGCCCCACCAUGUCAAAUAUUAUUACCAUGCUUGGCAGUGAAGCUGCAACAAUUCCAACUCCAAAAUAG